AGUACAUGUAUCUGUGACCAGGAUCAACCAAUGAUAUUUUAGUCCUGGUUCCAGACAUGGUCACACAGCCAGUCAGUCUAGUCGUACUGUGCAAUAUCAAGUCAUGCUCUAGCAUAUGUGAUGAUUAGAAAUUUUCAUUUUCAUUUUCUAAUCAUGUUCAACUAACUAGAACCCGCCUGAUGUAGUGAUUGAUGCCUUUAGGGCUGCUGGGUUCGGGAAAAUGCCCAGGUCGCAACGCUAGAGGUUUGCCCGGACAUCAUUAACGCGCCAUCCACACGAUCUACCACUUCUCACUACGCUUCUCCCUCCUUCAGUAGAUUUCAGAUUGCUGAGCAGCUUACACUGACCACGUGUCCUGGGUUGCUGUCCGGCUCCCCUCCAUCCACUUAUCGCGGCCCACCAACAACGAACCUGAAGCUAUCAGCCUGAGCAUUUCAAGGCCUCGAUUUCGCAAUCGCCAUAGUCAGGGGGUAGAGGAUCGAUACAUAUCGCCUCGACCCACGAAUAACUCAGCGCUGUUCUAGAAAUCCAAUUGAGACAGCAUUCACUUCCACACACACACAUACCAAGCCGAGACAAGACAGAUAUAAAGAUGCCUUCGAGUGCUGGGUCCUUCGUGACCUUCCUUAUUGUCUGCCCCACCUCCUUCUUCCUCGGCAUAAUCUUCUCCAUGUUUCCCUACGACUACCCGAUCUUAUGGUCCACCAAACCAACGCCUAGCGAUUACUACACGUUCCUAGAAACCCACCUGAAAUUCAUGCACGCCUCCCCGCCCCUCAUCCCGCGCAUCCUCCACAUCGUCAUGUUCCUCGGCCUCGCCGGCCUCAUCGCGAAACUCUACAAGCCCUCUGAAUCCAACAUGCUCUUCGACGGCGCCAGCCUCGUCUUAUACAUGUGCGGCGUCAUCGUUUAUAUCGCUAAUGUCGUCAAGGGCCUGCGCAUCGUCUCCUCGGGUGAAUAUGGCGUCCCUUAUAUGGACGAUGAGCCAGACCAGGUUCUCGGCCGUGAAGACAGCUUGAAGGUCAUGGCGGCGAGUAAUACCAUUCUGGCGCUGGUUUUGGUUGGCGUUUUGGUCUUGCAGGCGGGGCAGUGGUAUGCGGAGCGCAAGGAGCAGCAGGAUGCGGAUGCUUUGAGCAAGAAGGAGAACGAGGCGAAGAAGGAGCCGCCGAAGGUCGCGAGGCAAGGUAGUAGUAGUGCGUCAUCGAAGAAGAAGCAGUGAUUUUUUUUUUUUUUUGUUUUUUUGUUCGUUUUUCUUUGAUUUACGGGAGUAUUGUUCAUGCGAACGAAUUAGCAUAUUUGUUACUGGUUAACUUCGUGUGGCUGUGUUCUUCUUAUCCUGAUGCUUUUUCUUUUCCACUACCUACAAUAUUUUUCAGGAAACCAUUAAAUUUUCGUGUAACGGUUAUUACAACAACUAUUGGGUAGUAAAGGGUAGGAUCUAUUUCAAUUAAGGAAUAUACACUGUCCAUUUUAGAUUCCCGUGGACUUCGCGUUUGGCCAUGGUAAGAGCAUCUUCGAUGCUAUCCACAAAUGUGCAGGAGCCAGCGUGAGGAAUAAAUAUCCCAAAGAUACACAGGCAAGAAAUGGACGUCAAUGUAGCAUUUCUACUCGGUAUUUAAAACUCGGCGGCCAAUAG